CUCUUGGCCACUCAUCCCGUCAACCUCCUCCACACUUUCUACACUAAUCCCCAUCACCCAGCCACCACCCACUACGUACGCUACUCAACGUCGUCCCGGUCAUCCAAAUCAUAGCUUCGACAGUGUAGACCUUAAUCAACUCACAGUCAACCCGGAUCAGCCACUGCGGCCCGAUCCAAGUUCCGCGUUCGAGCCUUCGCCCCUCCCCCUGGCGGAGCCCUGGACCAGCGACGACGCGUCUCACCAUCGACGUCCUCUGUACUCCGCAGUGGUUUAACUCCGAGAGAGCAGCUCAACGCCACCCUCUAUUGUCACUCAGGCCGCGCAAGCAGCGGAUCGAUAUCUUUUUGGACACCAACGUCACCCCCUCCAGCUCCACCACCGUCUGAGCAGCCCAUACCGCCGCGCUUCGCGCCCCCUCUCACAUGCCAGCCGCCACUGCGCCCGUGCGCGUACCUCGGCGCCCGCGCGGAUCCCUCUCCGGCGCGAGCGGUCAGUCUCCGACCGACGAAAUCUCACACCUCUCUCUCGCCGAGGUGCGCGACCGACUCGGGCGCAACGAGCGCGUGCUCAACUCAGCCCUCUUCAGCACAAGUCCAGGUGGCAUGCCCAACGGUGCGUCAGCCAUGUCGCCAGGCUCGUCGCGCGCUUCAGGGUCCGACGACCCCGUCCGCGCUCGUCUGCUCGCCGUCCGAGCUUCCUUGUGUGCGCGCGAGGCAGAACUCAUGGCGGAGAGUAUGGGGAGCAUGGACCUCAGUGCUGGGCCGAUGGCCUCAUCACCGCCCACGCGCAGCGCCAAAGCGAACGCUCUUGCCGCGAUCCGGCAGGGCGAGGCCGUCCACCCACCGAGCCACAUGACUCUACCAAUAGACUCGACACUCGCUCUCGGGGAACGCGACUUUGACAAUCAGUGGACAGCGCGGUUUGCGAACGUCGGCAUCGAGACACCCGCAAGCUCGCGGAACCCUAGUAGCCGAGGCAGUCAGCGAGAGGACGCGCUCGAGCGCUCCGAACGCGCGAGCCGGCGCGCGCGCGCGACCGUCGACGAAGACGAUAACGUGUUCGACACAGACGAGGCGUACGCUGCCGCGGGUGUGUAUGCGUCGCAGCGGCACGACCUUGGCAAUGGGCUGCCGUUGGCGACGGCGCGUGCUCGGCGGCAGGAGGGGUACGACGACGACAUGCGCAGCGACGGAAGCCGGGGCGAGGACGGGGAGUAUCCCGAGGGAAAUGACGAGUAUGAGGGCGACGGGACGAACACACUCGACGCCGCGCCCAGGUAGACUCAUUCAAGAGUUGGUAAGUAGCACUUGUACCACCCCUCCGCAGUUGUCACGUCUUGCUAUCACUAUGCAUGUACACUGUACAUCG